CGUCUUUCAGGCUUCAACAUCCUAUUUGCUUUACUUCCGUUAAUCAUCCUAUCAAAUCAAGAUUACAGAAGACUGAUGUGCCUCAUGGCCCUCGUCUAGGUUAACGAAGCAAUUCAUUGUUCCCGUGCAAGCAUCUCAUUAUUAUUUUGUAAAUUUCUGGUUGUGGAGCAGAGAACUGAAGAUGCGGACGCUAAGCUUGAAUUCAAUGGCGGCAACGACGUCGUCUUUGGUAGUGGUGGUGCUGUUGAUGGUUAUGUUCUCGAGCUUCUCUUAUGGUUAUGUCGGACAGCGCACUAUGCUUCACCGCUUGUCUGGAAGCAGCAAUUACUUGACAACUGAGGAGCACUGGUUUAAUCAGACUCUCGAUCACUUCUCUCCUUACGAUCAUACUACAUUUCAGCAGCGCUACUAUGAAUUCCUUGAUCAUUUCCGAGCCCCAGACGGGCCAAUUUUCUUGAAAAUCUGUGGCGAAUCUUCAUGCGAUGGCAUUCCCAAUGACUAUAUCAGUGUUUUGGCAAAGAAGUUUGGUGCAGCAGUUGUUACACUGGAGCAUCGCUAUUAUGGGAAAAGUUCCCCCUUCAAAUCUCUGAAAACAGAGAAUUUGAGAUUUCUUUCUUCAAAACAGGCACUGUUUGAUUUGGCUAUUUUCCGUCAGCGCUACCAGGAAUCUUUAAACCUAAAGCUUAAUAGAACUGCUGUUGAAAAUUCAUGGUUUGUCUUUGGUGUAUCAUAUUCCGGAGCUCUCAGUGCAUGGUUUCGUCUUAAGUUUCCUCACUUAACAUGUGGAAGUCUUGCUAGUUCUGCAGUUGUUCUUGCGGUCUAUAACUUCACUGAAUUUGAUCAGCAGAUUGGUGUGUCAGCUGGUCCUGAAUGUAAAGCUGCUUUACAAGAAAUUACUCAGCUAGUUGAAAAACAACUUGAGUCGACUGAGUCAGACCGAAAAGCUAUAAAGUCGUUGUUUGGUGCAUCUGAGCUUGAUAUUGAUGGCGAUUUCAUGUAUCUUUUGGCAGAUGCGGCAGUUACUGCGUUUCAGUAUGGGAAUCCAGAUGUAUUGUGCUCUCCUCUUGUUCAAGCUAAGAAGGCUGGAGAGGACUUGGUGGAUGCUUAUGCCAAGUAUGUUAGAGAUUAUUACCCUGAUAGUGUUGCGACAUAUAAUCAGGAGAACUUGAAAAGCACAAAUCUUGAUGCAGAGAGCAGUGGGGCUCGUUUAUGGUGGUUCCAAGUUUGUACUGAAGUUGCCUAUUUUCAGGUGGCUCCAGCAAAUGAUAGUAUUCGCUCCUCAAAAGUUGACACCAGAUAUCAUUUGGACCUCUGCAAGCAUGUAUUUGGAAAGGACAUUUAUCCCGAUGUUGACGUUACAAAUAUCUACUAUGGAGGGACAAAAAUAGCUGGUUCGAAAAUUGUUUUUACAAAUGGCUCACAGGAUCCCUGGCGUCAUGCAUCCAAACAAAUUUCAUCCCCAGACAUGCCUUCGUACAUCAUAUCCUGUCAUAAUUGUGGCCAUGGAACUGAUCUUCGAGGAUGUCCUCAAUCUCCUUUAUCGCCUGAAGGUAAUGCUCAGAACUGUAGUUCCCCUGGAGCAGUUAAUAAAGUGAGGCAGCAAAUUGUAGAUCACAUAGACUUGUGGCUAUCCGAGUGUCAAGCCACGGGUAGGAGUUACAUGUGAUUGUGAGAAUACAUAUAUGUGCAAACUAGUCAGUUAACUAACCAUUAUCGCUUAUAUUACCUUCUGUCAGCAGAUGCUUGAAUGCUUCGCUAUGAAUUCCGUACUGCCUUUGUAAGUUGUCAUGCAUGACUGCACCCGGAUUUUUUUUUCCUCUUCUUUUUCUGUCAUAUUUGCUGCAAACCCAAUUUAUACAAGGUAAAAGCCUCCAACUGUAGAUUGUGGAACUAAAAAGGUCAGGGACCCGAAUCCAAUGUAUGGAUUGGGAAGGUGUAGCUUCUCUUUAUCGUUUAAAAGAUGGUAUAUGUGUUGAUUGUUAUAUUCUAUCUGAGGGAAUUCUCCUAGA